AAUAAUAUGACACAAUUUUUUGUUUCAUAUACUACUGCAGAAUGACAUAAUUAUGUAAUAUUGAUAUCAACUAACUUCUAAAUACGUACGUUUUGUAGGCUUGUAGAGUAUCGUCAUGAGCCAUAUAACUCAUAAGUGUUUGAAUAAUAAUCAUAGUUAAAUAUAUUAUUUUGUUGUUAUCUCAUAUAAUUAAUGUACAUUAUAAAGUGCCUAGGAUCUAGGUAUACAUACUAAAAACAUAUUAUCAGUUAUCACUUAUUAAAAUAGGUACCUAAUUAUUUAUUAUACUUUCAAAAUUUAAUUAAGUAUAGUUGAUUAAAAGUAAAUUAUUGGUCUUUACACUGUUCAGUCACGGAUCAACGAAAAUUGGUUCUUCUGCGCAUCCCCACGCUGCCUCUGUCAUUGCAGUGGUCAAGUGAGCCUUGGUUUCGAUAUCAGCGUGAUGCGGGGGGACGCUCAGAAUCGGCGUGUUUUCUCGCUGAACAGAGUGUAGUUAAUUAAUAUUAUUUAGAUAAUGAUUAUUUUUAUGAACAUUAGGCAUAUAUUUGAUAGAUAAUAUCAUCAUAUCUGAAUGGGAAUAAAAUACAACUUUUUUUUUUAAAGCAAGAUAUGAAUAAAAUUGUGUAAUAAACUAAUAAUACUAUUAUAGUAACAUUUUUAUAUGUAGUGGACUACAAUGUAUUUUUCAAGGACGUGGACAAUAAAUCAGGUGCGAGAAAAGCUUGUGUGCGCUGUGAUAAUAUCAUUUUUAAGUUCGACAUUUUGCCAAGUGGAGGUAAAAAUUACAAAAGGAAUUUUAAACGGUCGAAUUUUGAAAUCUAGAAAUGAAAGGCCUUAUUACUCGUUCACUGGUAUACCGUAUGCAAAACCACCCGUUGGAGAACUUCGAUUUGAGGCUCCGGAACCAGCCGAUCCAUGGGAUGGUACGUUAGAUGCCACCAAACAUUCAAACGCAUGUGUCCAAAAAUAUGAAACUAAUAGCAGUGAAGAUUGCCUAUAUUUGAAUGUAUACACUCCAAGUACUGGUGGCAAUUUUCCAGUUAUGUUUUGGAUUCACGGGGGUGCGUUUUAUUUGGGACACAGUAGUCCGGAUAUGUUUGGCCCGGAUUAUUUUAUGGAUUCAAACAUAGUCUUGGUCUCGGCUAAUUUUAGACUAGGCGUAUUAGGUUUUUUGAGUACCGAAGACGAUGUUAUACCCGGAAACUAUGGAAUGAAAGAUCAAGUUGCGGCAUUGCGGUGGGUGCAAGAAAAUAUUGUUCAAUUUGGCGGAGAUCCCAGAAAAGUGACAAUUUUUGGCGGAAGUUCCGGUGGAGCUAGUGUCGGCUAUCACAUGUUAUCGCCGAUGAGUAAAGGUCUAUUUCACAAAGCCAUCCUCCAAAGUGGUACUCCAUUAUGUCGUUGGAGUACGUCUCUGCCGGGUAUAGCGCGCGAUCGAAGUAAAAUCAUUUCAUGCAUAGCUGGAUGUGCUGGAAAUGGAACUUCUCAAAAUUUAUUGAAAUGUCUUAAGACUUUACCGCAAAGUUUUUUCAGUGACGUUUAUGAUAAACUUCGGGAAUGGCACACGUAUCCUACUGUUUUGUUUACGCCAGUUGUGGAGCAGUGUGACUCGGGCAAAGAAGCUUUUCUUUGUCGUCAUCAAAUGAAAGAGUUCAAGCAAGAGUCUUUCGUUCCGGCUAUCAUCGGACUGAACUCAGCUGAAGGUGGAAUGAUAGUUUCUUCCAUUUACAACGACACGUCUCUUCUAUAUCCAGAAUUGUCGACGGAUUUUAAUCGUUUGUUAUCUAUCAUUCUGUCAUAUCAGCAUUUCACACACAAUUUGGACGAAAUCGGUGAAAAAGUGCUCAAAAAAUAUUUCCCAUCUGGAAAAAUCGGAGAUCAUUCGCAUUUAAAAACCGUCGAAAUGAUUACCGAUGGCCGUUAUCUUCACGGCAUAUUUGACAUGGCUCUUAAGCUGGUGUCACCGGUAUAUUUUUAUUUAUAUGAUUAUCAAAAUGAAUUUUCAUUUAACACUUUAUAUGGUAAAUGUAAUAAAAAAUUAGGAGUCACGCACGGCGACGAGUUGACCAGUUUGUUCAAAUCGGACAUAAUAAAUCCUAAAAAAAUUAAUUUAAGAGAUACGGAAGUUUCAAAGCUUAUGGUUGAUGUUUGGACGAAAUUCGCAACAUCAGAAUCACCUACUAUUGAUGGGAAAGUGGAUAGUCCAUCUUGGCCAACGUUUAACUCACUGAGACAAUCAAUACUUCACAUACACUCAGAUCAUCCAGAUAUUAUACAAAACCCACUGGAAGAAAAGUAUACUUUUUGGAACAAUUUGCCUCUUCUUUCUAAUUUCGAGAAAGUUAUAUCUAAACAUAAAUUUCCAUCAGAUCAUAUGAAAAAUGAGUUGUAAUUAUCUCGAAUUUAGUGAGGCUUUAUGUUAAAUAAAUAUUAAUAUAAACGUGUUUUUAUAUGGUUUCGUAAAAAUAUCACCAUCAAUUUUGAUUGGAAAUUAUUAUGUUAUAUUUUUAAUUUAAAUAAAUUCAUUUUGUUUUUGGCUUUUGUAAAAAAAAAUAUGUUUUUAUUUUAUAAUAAACUUGUUAUUUACACAUUACUUUAUUUAUUUGAUGAUAUUAUGUGAUUUCAUUUCUGUGCAUAAUUUUGUAUUCGAUGAUAAUAAUACAAAUUAUAAAUCUUCUUUUAGUUCAAUAAAUCAAUCAUUGAAAAAAUUA